CCACCUAGAGGCUCCGUGCAAGGCGCGAACUUUUCCCCUGAGAUUUGAGGGGCUGACGUUGGCCUGAACCCCUCGGGAGGACUCAAGGCACCCGUAGCCAGGACCGGGCUGAGGUGUCCGCGGCCAGCCUGGGACAGCGGUCGGGGGCUGAAGACACCCAGGAAAAGUGGGAGCAGAAGCCUGGGGGUGAGUGCAGGGAGAGCUCUGCUCGCAGCUUGUACGAAGGCUCUGGUCUCCGUUUAUUCCGGGGUGGGCCAGGGCAAGUGCCCCGACAGCUCGAAGGCGGCAGCCGAGGCCACUGUCCCUUAAGAGUGCUGGAGUCCUCAGCACUUGUCUAGGGCUUCAGCAGGGGCUGUGGUCAUGGUGAAUGAAGAUCCCAACCAACAGGAGCAAAAUGGCACGCCCGCGCAGGACCCCGCACUCCGGGUGGACCACAGCGCCUCGGGGCACCAGAGCGUGUCCACGCACCCGAGCGUGUCGAUGCAUCCGAGCGUGUCGGCCCACCCCAGUGUCUCCAUCCACCCCGCCGUGUCGGCCCGCCCGAGCAGUUCGGCCCACCCCAGUAUGCUGGCCCAGUCCGGUGGCUUGGCCCGCCCCAGUAGCUCGUGCCCCGAGGACCUUAGUGUGAUCAAGGUGAGCAAGCGCCGGUGGGUGGUGGUCCUGCUGUUUAGCUGCUACUCCAUGUGCAACGCCUUCCAGUGGAUCCAGUACGGCUCCAUCAAUAACAUCUUCAUGCACUUCUAUGGGGUCAGCGCCUUUGCCAUCGACUGGCUGUCCAUGUGCUACAUGCUGACCUACAUCCCUCUGCUGCUGCCCGUGGCCUGGCUGCUGGAGAAAUUCGGCCUGCGCACCAUCGCCCUCACCGGGUCCGCUCUCAACUGCCUGGGGGCCUGGGUGAAGUUGGGUAGCCUGAAGCCGCAUCUCUUCCUGGUCACCGUGCUGGGCCAGAUCAUCUGCUCUGUGGCCCAGGUCUUCAUCCUGGGCAUGCCCUCCCGCAUCGCUUCAGUCUGGUUCGGGGCCAAUGAGGUGUCAACGGCCUGUUCCAUAGCUGUCUUCGGCAAUCAGCUUGGAAUUGCAAUUGGGUUCUUGGUCCCUCCUGUUUUGGUACCCAACAUCGAAGACCAGGACAAGCUUGCCUACCACAUCAGCAUCAUGUUUUACAUAAUAGGAGGCGUGGCCACUCUGCUUUUCAUCCUUGUCAUCAUCGUAUUCAAGGAGAAGCCUAAACAUCCCCCCAGCAGGGCCCAAUCCCUGAGCUACGCCUUGGCGUCCCCUGAUGCUUCGUACUUAAGUUCCAUUGUCCGGCUCUUCAGAAACCUCAACUUUGUGCUGCUUGUCAUUACCUACGGUCUGAAUGCUGGUGCUUUUUAUGCCUUGUCAACUCUGCUGAAUCGCAUGGUGAUCUUGCACUACCCGGGGGAAGAAGUGAAUGCUGGAAGAAUCGGCCUGACCAUCGUCAUUGCAGGAAUGCUUGGGGCUGUGAUCUCAGGCAUCUGGCUGGAUAGGUCCAAAACCUACAAGGAGACAACCCUGGUGGUCUACAUCAUGACUGUGGUUGGCAUGGUGGUGUACACAUUGACCUUGAACCUGGGACACCUGUGGGUCGUGUUCAUCACUGCUGGCACAAUGGGCUUCUUCAUGACCGGCUACCUUCCCCUGGGAUUUGAGUUUGCUGUGGAGCUGACAUACCCAGAAUCAGAAGGCAUGUCGUCUGGCCUCCUUAACGUGUCUGCCCAGGUAUUUGGGAUCAUCUUCACCAUCUCCCAGGGUCAAAUUAUUGACAACUAUGGAACCAUGCCCGGGAACAUCUUUCUGUGUGUGUUCCUCACCCUUGGAGCCGUCCUCACUGCAUUCAUUAGGGCAGAUCUCCGGAGGCAGAAAGCAAACAAAGAAACUCCUGAGAAUAGCACGUCACUGUUGUCACAGUCUGCUGAGCAGCGCCCACUCCUUGGAUCCUGAGACAAGUCCUGAGACCCUGGCUCCACUGCUUUCAGCCUUGGGGUCAGUGGCUGGAGAGGAAAGGUGGGAGCCUACCUCGACCACAGUGGUGGCGGACUCAAAUCAGUGGCUCUCCUGGCAGGUUACAGCCCCUUAGGCAGUGCCAUGGGGAUGAAGGGACCUGCACCAGUGGACUUCCAGUAAGGCUCUAACAGGAGAAGUCAGGAAGCAAGAGCUGAUGGUGAUAUAGGGGGAGGAGUGAGUAUGAUCUAGAACAGAAGAGGGUUUCCCAACUGCUUUAAUCAGCUGGGAACUAUUUUAACCAAAAUGUUAGGUAUCAGAUCUGAGCCAGGAUGAAAGCGAUUUCAAAUCUGAGGAGUAAAAGUGGGAUAUUACUUAAAAAACAAAUAAACACCCAAAACCUAUUACAGAAGUAAUACAUGUUCUUAGUAGAAAAACUAAAAAAUACAGAAACGUAUACAAAAUUUAAAAAUCAUCCUGUAUCAUCACCUAGAGAUGAAAUGCUGGUUGUUUUACAAUUACUUAAAUGUUUAUAUCUACAUAGAAUAUGUAUGGGUAUAUAUUUUAUAUUUAUAUGUGGAUAUGUGAAUAUUUUUAAAAGAAAAAUGGAAUCUUCUAUCGCUUUUUUUUACUUGUUGUGAACACUUUAUCAGGUCAUUAUUCUUUUACAAUACACUUUUUUUUGUCUUCAAGUUUCUUUUUCUUUAAUGUUUA